CGCUCGGCGCCGCCCGCGCGCAGGGGAGUCACACCCCAUGGGCUUAUGUGAUAAAUGAGCUUCUUGGCAUAGAAGGGAAUUAAAGGAUGAUGGCUUGGACCUUUACUACAAUGUUGAAUGGAAGUGGUGAUGGCUUCAUUCCAGCGCUCCAAUAGUCAUGACAAAGUGAGGAGAAUCGUUGCAGAGGAGGGUCGCACAGCCAGAAAUCUCAUUGCCUGGAGUGUUCCGCUGGAAAGCAAAGACGACGAUGGAAAAUCUAAAUGUCAGACUGGUGGAAAGUCAAAGAGGACAAUUCAAGGCACUCACAAGACUUCGAAACAGAACACCACAGCAGACUGUAAAGUAUCCUCUACAGCUGGAGAUAAACAUUUCGAUAAAAGUCCCACGAAAACAAGGCACCCUCGCAAAAUUGAUCUGAGGGCCAGAUACUGGGCGUUUCUUUUCGACAAUCUUCGCCGGGCAGUAGAUGAGAUCUACGUGACCUGUGAAUCGGAUCAGAGUGUGGUGGAAUGUAAGGAGGUGCUAAUGAUGCUGGAUAACUAUGUCAGAGAUUUCAAAGCAUUGAUUGACUGGAUUCAACUUCAGGAGAAGCUAGAGAAGACAGAUGCGCAAAGCAGACCGACUUCAUUGGCAUGGGAAGUAAAGAAGAUGUCUCCAGGACGUCAUGUGAUUCCAAGUCCAUCAACGGACAGAAUAAAUGUGACCUCGAAUGCUCGAAGAAGCUUAAAUUUUGGGGCUUCACCUGGCACCGUGGCUGCCCCCCGUCUGGCUCCCGCAGGUGUUAGCUGGGCUGACAAAGUAAAGGCUCAUCACACAGGGUCCACGGCUCCUUCCGACGUAGCGCCUGCACAGUCUCGCCCGCCAGUGACAGUGCCGAAGACUUCCUGCACAAAUGAACGGAAAGAUGCUGAAGGAUGGGAGACUGUUCAGAGAGGAAGGCCUGUUCGUUCACGGUCAACAGUGGUGAUACCAAGAGUUUCAACACAGGCAUUAAGGUCAAAGGAUGACAGUGACAAAGAAAAUGUACGUCUGUUACCAGACGAAGGCAUCCGGAAAGGAGAAUUGAUUGGAGACGGACCUUCCAGUUCUGUAGAAGUUCGGCCCAAAGACUCACUGCCUUCCUGUGACCACCCUCUGGCUGAAAGAACCCAGUUCACAUCGAGUACAUUGGAUGACACCAAGAACUCUGGCAGUAGUAUCUCACAAGACAGUUCUGUGCGAAGUUCUGAAAUGCCUGCUGUUCACGUGGACACAGAGUGUGUCUUAGUUACUCCGCGAGAUGACACACCUCCUCUGCACCCCGAUGAAGAACGGUUUUCUGUGGAGAAAGCAAGGACAGAGAGUGACAUGGACUCUUCAGACAUUUCAAAUGUGAGUGCUGCUAACCUGUCCAUGGCAGAGGUUCUUGCUAAGAAGGAGGAGCUAGCAGAUCGCCUGGAAAGGGCCAAUGAGGAGGCCAUCGCCAGUGCUAUUGCCGAAGAGGAGCAGCUAACUAGAGAGAUCGAAGCUGAAGAAAACAAUGAUAUUAAUAUCGAAACUGACAACGACAGUGAUUUUUCUACCAGCAUGGGCAGUGGAAAUGUAUUUUUCUGUGGUAUGUCUAUGGACUGGAGCGAUGUCCUAGCAGAUUAUGAAGCUCGAGAGUCCUGGCGCCAGAACACAUCCUGGGGGGACAUCGUGGAGGAGGAGCCCGCGCGGCCUCCUGGACAUGGGAUUCACAUGCACGAGAAGCUUUCCUCCCCCUCUCGUAAGAGGACAAUUGCAGAGUCUAAGAAGAAACAUGAAGAGAAACAAAUGAAGGCACAGCAGCUGAGGGAAAAGUUACGUGAAGAGAAAACAUUGAAGCUUCAGAAAUUGCUAGAAAGGGAAAAAGAUGUCCGGAAGUGGAAGGAGGAGCUGCUGGACCAGCGGCGCAGGAUGAUGGAGGAGAAGCUGCUUCAUGCUGAGUUCAAACGAGAAGUGCAGCUACAAGCAAUUGUUAAAAAAGCCCAAGAGGAAGAAGCUAAGGUAAAUGAGAUCGCCUUCAUCAACACCCUGGAAGCUCAGAAUAAACGCCAUGACGUUCUAUCGAAGUUGAAGGAAUAUGAGCAGAGGCUUAACGAGUUACAGGAGGAGCGUCAGCGGAGACAGGAAGAGAAGCAGGCCCGUGAUGAAGCUGUUCAGGAGCGUAAGAGAGCACUGGAGGCAGAGCGGCAGGCCCGCGUGGAAGAACUGCUGAUGAGGAGGAAAGAGCAGGAAGCGCGCAUCGAGCAGCAUCGGCAGGAAAAGGAGAGAGCCCGGGAGGACGCGGCCAGGGAGAGAGCCAGGGACAGGGAAGAGCGGCUGGCCGCCCUCACUGCCGCUCAGCAGGAGGCCAUGGAGGAGCUGCAGAAAAAGAUCCAGCUCAAGCACGAUGAAAGCAUCCGAAGGCACAUGGAACAGAUGGAGCAAAGAAAAGAGAAAGCUGCAGAGUUCAGCAGUGGACGGCACGCCAACACGGACUAUGCCCCUAAGCUGACCCCUUACGAGAGGAAGAAGCAGUGUUCUCUGUGCGGUGUCCUGAUCUCUUCGGAGGUGUACCUGUUCAGCCAUGUCAAAGGCAGGAAGCACCAGCAGGCCGUGCGAGAGAGCAGCAGCAUCCAGGGGCGGGAGCUCUCAGACGAGGAGGUGGAGCACCUUUCGUUGAAGAAGUACAUUAUUGACAUUGUGGUCGAAAGCACAGCCCCCGCAGAGCCUCUCAGAGAUGGAGAAGAGCGGCAGAGAAGUAAAAGGAAAGCCAAGAAGAUAAAGGCCCGCAUGAACUCCAGGGCCAAGGAGUACGAACGUCUGAUGGAAGCAAAAGGCUCCGGCUCCGACUCACCCCACAAGGCCAAGCUUCAGCGAUUAGCCAAAGAUCUCCUGAAGCAACUGCAGGUCCAAGACAGUGGGUCGUGGGCAAACAAUAAGGUUUCUGCAUUGGAUCGGACCCUAGGAGAGAUUGCUAGAAUAUUGGAAAAAGAGAACGUGGCCGACCAGAUCGCAUUCCACGUGGCCGGUGGAUUGACAGCCCUAGAACACAUUCUCCAAGGCGUGGUCCCAGCUGCAAAUAUGAGCACAGCUUCACGAGUUCCUCCGAAGUCUCUCUGCAAUGCAAUCAAUGUUUACAACCUCACCUGCAAUAACUGUUCAGAAAACUGCACCGAUGUUCUGUUUAGUAACAAGAUUACCUUCUUAAUGGACCUCCUGAUACACCAGUUGACGGUUUAUGUUCCAGAUGAAAAUAAUGCUGUUUUGGGAAGAAAUACAAAUAGGCAAGUUUUUGAAGGCUUGACAAUGGGACUUCUGAAAGUCAGUGCUGUGGUUUUUGGCUGCCUGGUUGCCAGUCGACCAAAUGGAAACAGCCAGCCCGCUGCACCGAAAAACGCUACAGAGGAAAUGAAAAACAGACCCUCGCAAGGUGAUGCUUUCAACAGUCGCGUUCAGGACCUCAUCAGCUACGUGGUAAGCGCCGGGCUGAUCGACAAGCUGUGCGGCUGCUUCCUAUCGGUGCAAGGACCGGUGGAGGAGAGCCCCAGGCUGGCCGCCCUGCUGCAGCACGCCACGGGACUCCUGCAGGGCGCCUGCGCGCUGUGCUGGGCCGUCACCGCCAGGUCGUACAGCGUGUUUGACAAUAACCGCCAGGACCCCACGGGACUGACAGCUGCGCUUCAGGCCACGGACCUCGCUGGAGUUCUGCACAUGCUCUACUGCGUGCUCCUCCACGGCGGUGUCUCGGACCCCACCACUGCCAGCCCCAAGGAGACCUACUCCCAGAACACCGUGCAGGUGGCCAUCCAGAGUCUGCGUUUCUUCAACAGCUUUGCAGCUCUCGACCUGCCCGCUUUCCAGUCCGUCCUAGGGGCCGAGGGCCUGUCCCUUGCGUUCCGGCACAUCGCCAGCUCCCUCCUGGGCCACUGCAGCCAGGUCUCCUGCGAAAGCCUGCUCCACGAGGUCAUCGUCUGCGUGGGUUACUUCACUGUCAACCACCCCGAUAACCAGGGCAUCGUGCAGUCGGGCCGCCACCCCACGGUGCUGCAGCGGCUGGCGCAGCUGCCCUUCCAGUACUUCAGCGACCCCCGGCUGGUCAGGGUGCUGUUCCCCGCCCUCAUCGCCGCCUGUCACAACAACCGGCAGAACAAGGCCGCCCUGGAGCAGGAGAUGAGCUGCGCCCUGCUGGCCACGUUCAUCCAGGACUUCGCGCAGACUCAAGGUCAGGCGGAUCACCGGUCUCACCAGCCCAAAGGAAAAUGCCUUGGGUCCCAAGACUACCUGGAGCUGGCUAACAGGUUUCCUCAGCAGGCCUGGGAAGAAGCACGACAGUUUUUCUUAAAAAAAGAAAAAUAAAAAAUGUUUUGGUUGGUUCUGUGUUUGAGUGCCCUCAUUAAUAAUUUAAGUUGUUCAAGCAAACGUUCUAAUUGUUCCUUGAGAACCUCGUUUCAUGUGCACCCCACUCCUGACUGGAGGUAUGCUGACCUAUUUAUAGGCUGCAGAUCCUCUCCUGGUCUGCUUGCCAAGUCUGUACAUUGAGUUUAUUUCAUUUUUGCACAGAACUUUGCGUUUUGGUAACUUCCGUCUUAUAAUAUG